AUGGGGGAGGAUGACUCUUCUAAUCCUCAUGGCGGUAGCGCCACUGCUUCCUCCUCUCCUUCUCAACUAACCAUAGCCGAGUUGAGUGCCCAGGUGGCUCAACUAAUGCAGAUGCAAACUCAGACCUCGAACUUGAUCCUAACUCAGGAUCCUACCAAGACGACCUCGACCUCGACUCAGACGACGACCCCGACCUCGAAUCAGACGACGACCUUGAACCCGAAUCAGACAACGAUUCCGACGACGAUUACCUAUGAAGCUUCCGCUACACAGAUUGGCAUAAAGUUGGAUGGAACCAACUAUGCCCUAUGGUCCCAAGUUGUAGAGUUGUAUAUCUUCGGUAAAGACAAAUUGGGAUAUAUUAAUGGUGAUCUUCCACAACCUCAUUUGACCGCUCCAACGUUUCCUCGCUGGCGCACCGAGAACUCUAUUGUAAAGGGAUAUCUCAUCAAUUCUCUAGAGCAGAGCUUGAUUGGCAAUUUCAUUCGUUUUCCGACGGCAAAAGCAGUGUGGGAUGCAAUUGCCACAACUUACUAUGAUGGCACUGACACCUCUCAGGUUUAUGAUAUGAAGCGACGAGUCUCCCGUAUGCGACAAGCUGGCGGCUCUAUUGAAACCUAUUACAAUACUCUCCAAAGCUUAUGGAGAGAAAUUGAUUUCCGUCGUCCAAAUAUGAUGGAGUAUGAAAAUGAUAUCAAGCGGUAUAAUGAUAUUCUACAGGAAGAUCGAGUUUACAUAUUUUUGGAUGGCCUUGAUGAUCGUCUUGAUAAGGCCCGAAGUGAUGUUCUUCACAUGACUCCAUUCCCUACUGUGGACCAAGCUUAUGCCUAUGUUCGCCGUGAAGAUGUUCGACAAGCAGUGAUGAUGGGUUCAUCUGCACCCACUGGCGCUGGCUUAGCGGCGAAGAGUGCGCCUCAAUCAGGUCCCCCUACUCGUGCCGGACAGCCCCAUAAUUCCUCUACUCCAGCCCACCUUCAGAUCCAAUCAUAUGCUACUGCUGCUGGUGCGCCACUUUCUAAAACUAUCCCACCUUCCUGUCCUAAGGCUCCGACUGAUGGAAGUGGUUGCACGCACUGUGGCAAUCCCAAACAUAUCCAUGACACCUGUUUUAAGCUGAAUGGUUAUCCUGAUUGGUGGGAGGACCUCCGCGCUCGCAAGCUCAGAGAAACUGCUAGUAAUUCUGGCCGAGCUGCUCUUGUCUCUACCGAACCCCAAUUAGCCUUGUUCCCACAGGUAGACCCUACUGAUAGUCAUGCGCUUCCGGAUGUCUCAGGUAAUUGCUGUUAUGCAUUUCAUACUUCUGAUAUACGAGAUACUAAUGGUUGGAUAAUUGAUUCUGGCGCCACUGAUCAUAUGACCUUUGAUCCGAAUGAUUUUUUGCACACCACUACACCCUGCCGCACAAGUAUUGCCAAUGCAAAUGGAGUUACCUAUCCUGUAACAGGGGCCGGCACUGUCGCCCUUUCACCUUCUCUGUCCCUUUCUAAUACUCUCCUUGUUCCAUCUUUGUCCAAUAAAUUACUGUCUGUGAGCCAGGAUAUUCUCACCAAGGAGAUCAUUGGGUGUGGUACUAAAAGAAGGGGGUUGUACUAUGUGGAGGACUUCAGUAUGGGACGUGCCAAUAGUAUGGAAACACAGUUCAAUGCUCGAAUACAGAUUCUUCGCUCUGACAACGGUGGAGAAUUUGUCAAUCAUGAUUUUCAGACUUAUUUCCAGACACAUGGCAUUAUUCAUGAGACAACUUGUCCCCAGACACCACAACAAAAUGGUGUUGCCGAACGGAAGAAUCGUCAUCUCCUUGAAACCGCCCGUGCUCUUCUCAUUGGUGGCCAUGUUCCUCGUCAUCACUGGGAUGAUGCUGUCAUCACUGUCUUAUCAAUCGCAUGCCAUCUGGGGUCUUGA